UUAUCAAAUACAAGCAGUUGAGAAGGAAUAUGAAAGUGUUUUAUCUGUAUCUUAUGUCUUAUGUUAGCCAUGGAAUAGAAUAUAACCAGAGUUGAUUUCCACACUUCUGUGAAAUGUUUUUAUUCCCUUUUCAAAAGUUUGUUUCAUUACACAAAUAUGAGUAUUGAUACAAUACCAGUCAUGCCAGUAUGGUUUUUGAGUGUCAUGAUUUACAAACAUUUACACUGAAAUGUGUAAAUAUUUUAAAAAAAUCAACUCCAUUCUAAUGCAAUUUUGAAUGACCACAGUUUAUGCCAUGACAGUUGAUAAUUAUACUGGAAUUGAGGUAAAGAAUUUGUGUAUUCAAUUUACAACACAUCUAACUGAAUCCACAAAAUCUUAACCUGAAAAGUAUACCUACAUGUAUUAUUUAUUUUGAUCAACACACUGUAACACUACAUAAAUUAUUCUGUUGACUGAUUAAUGAGCAUGAUGAGGUAUGUUGGUUUAAAAAAAAAGAUGACUAAAAACAGAAUAUUUUUAAAAAUGCACCCGGAUUUAUUUCACUUGUACAGUUACAUUGAUCAGUAAUCUAUGAUGCUUUGAUUAUUUUGUAGCAUACCAGACUCAAUGGGCAGUAAUGGAGAUCAGUAUUUUAAUGCUACAUUUAGUAGUGAACCACCUGUCCCAGACUUCCAGCCAUUUAAUCGGCAAAGAGGAAUGGCAAGAGGACAAAGAAAUAUGAUGGGCCCAGGCCCAAUGCCAGGGCCACCUGGUCCACCAGGUCCACCAGGGCCAGGACCUAGGAACUUUGGUCCACCUGGCCAUGGAAUGAGACCAAGGAUGGACAUGCCUAGAAUGGACGUGCCUCCAGAUCUUAGGGAUGGACCAUUACCUGGUCAGAUGUAUAACGAAGGUUAUGGAUCUAGGAUUGAUAGUCCAAAUUUUGAUGGUCUAGGAUCAAGAAUAGAUCAGGGCUUAACAAAUGAUUUUGCAGCUCUCAAUCUGCAAAUUCCUGGUAGUGGUUUAAAGGGUUCAAACCCAGGGGCAGAUGAAUUCGUACCAAAGUCUGCAACAUUAACUCAUAGUGCUAGUUCUCCUAAUUUCUCAUCAUUUAACAAUGGGCCAGUCGGUAUGCCUCCCAUGUCUAAUGCUGGACCUCAUAUGAUGGAUAAUGGUCACAUGGGAAAUUCCGUGCCUGGAGGGGAUAUUCCAAUGCCUGUGGGAGGACCUAUGAUGUCCAACACACCUCCACCCGCUCAUUUAAUGCCAUCAGGCAUGUCAGGAGUUGUUUAUUCUACAGCCAGUCCUAACAAUAGUCCUCAUCUGUCUCCAACAAACUCUCCUCUUAUGAUGAGAAGGACUGGUUCCCCAUUAGCUCCCAUUAAACCAGGAACACCAAAGAAAAACCAACCAGCCAGCACCAUUCAGGAAAGUGUUGGUGGAACAACCUAUUUCUACAAUCCUGAAGAUUAUACUGUACAAAGGGAGGGCAUUCACAUACCAAAUUUUACCAUGUUUCCAAGUAUACCUCCACAUGUAGCACACAUGACAGUAAAGAAAAACAUGCCACAAUUCUUCAUGUGUGAUGAACUUAAAAUGGACAUAUUAAACAGGCAUUCUAUGACAUUGGCACAAAUAGAUCUGCAACAAAACCCAGAUAUCCCAACAGAAGUAGAUAAUUAUCAUCAUUUGUUUCCAUUGGAGCCCCCUCCACCAAGUUCAAUGCAGAAAUCAAACAGAUUUAGUUACCCCACCACUUGUUAUAAAGCUAUCAAUACCAAAGAUGGCCUCACAUACUGUCUACGUAGAAUUCAUGGUUUUCGAUUGUCAAAUACAAAGUGUAUGAUGAUAAUAGACAUGUGGAAGAAAAUGUACCAUCCUAACAUAGUACAACUAAGAGAAGUUUUUACUACUAAAGCAUUUGGUGAUAAUUCUAUAGUAUUUGUGUAUGAUUUCCAUGCCUGUGCGGAGACAUUGAUGGGUAGACACUUCAAUAAUCCUGGAUCUAUUAAUGGUUACAAUCAGUCAUUUAAUAUGGAUGGAAGUUCAAGGUCAUACAACUCCAGUGGAAAUGGCAAAGGAGGAGGGGGAGGGGGAGGAGGUGGUGCCAACAACACUCCUCGCCAGCAUGCCGGUCUAUUGCCUGAAAGUUUGAUAUGGGCCUAUGUUGUACAAUUGAGUUCUGCUCUGAGGGCCAUACAUGCUGCUGGUCUUGCCUGUAGAACUAUGGACCCAACCAAAAUUCUCAUCUACAGCAAGUCUCGGUUACGGUUGAAUUGUGUUGGCAUCAUGGAUGUGUUGACAUUUGACAAUAACCAGGGCAAUCCAUUAGCAAUGAUGCAGCAUUAUCAGCAAGAAGAUUUGGUGUUCCUUGGAAAGGUUGUGUUGGCUUUAGGCUGCAACAGUAUCAUGGCCAUACAGCGGGACAACUUUACAUCCUCCAUGGAACUUGUAGCACGCAAUUACUCAGCAGAUCUCAAAAAUUUCUUCGUGUAUCUGUUAACCAAUUCUAAUCGACCACGAAGUAUUAACGAUAUUAUGCCAAUGAUUGGUGCCAGAUUUUAUACACAAUUAGACGCAGCCCAGCUUAGAAGUGAUGUGAUGGAUACAGAGUUAUCUAAGUCUGUAGAAAAUGGCAGAUUAUUCCGGUUGUUAUGUAAACUGGGUACAAUCAAUGAGAGGAAAGAGUUUCAGAUGGAUCCUCAGUGGUCAGAAACAGGUGACCGAUACAUGUUGAAACUAUAUCGUGACUUUUUGUUUCACCAGCAUGAUGCUAACGGUGCUCCCUGGAUUGAUAUGGCACAUAUCCUUCAGUCUCUUAACAAGUUGGAUGGUGGUACACCAGAAAAGAUCUGCCUUGUUUCACGUGAUGAAAAUAGUGUUCUAGUAGUGACAUACGCUGAAUUAAAACAAAACUUUGAGCGAGCAUUCAGUGACUUACUGACAGCUAGUGAAUCACAGAGUAAUGCCUUUACGUAGGAAUAUAUUAAGAUCUUAUUGUUACGGAAUAUAGAUCUCAAUACCAGAACAACUUACACAUAUUUAAACCAGUGUUUUCUGUGAAAAUCAAUUUCCUUGAAACUGACUGGGAUUUUUUUUUCGAAGAUUCUUGUCAGUAUUGAAGUAAUGUUAUGUUCAUACAUUUUAUAUGUAUUUUGUGGAUUGACUUGAUUAUUUAAAAAAAGUUUUCCAAACCAAAAUGAAAGGAGAAAGAAAUAAUUGUUAGUAUGUUUUCAUUCCAUCUAAAGGAAAAUUUGAAUAAUCAAAAUGUGAAUUAUUCAUGUAGACAUAAUGAAAUAGACAUUGUGUGCAAUGACAGUGAUUGUACAUUGUGAAUUAAGACAUGGAAAGUGCUUUCUUGUGAUAUAGACACAUUGUUACUAUGACAAUUUGUUGCUAUGACUACAGACUACAUGUUUUUGUUACUUGUUGAUGUUUGAACAAGGCAGCACAUGCUAAAGAAAUGGAGUUCCUGCUUAACUUAUUUUGACUCCAUUCCUAACUUAUAAGAUUGUUGAAUAUUUUAAACUAUUAUUGACUAUUUUUGUUCUGUCAAAUGACAUUUUAAUUUGUACAGAAUCUAUAUUAGUAAAAAAUGUGUCAUAGAUUAAUAAUCUUGACCUAAAAAUGAAAAAGAAAUAUUUUGAAUAUGAAUUUUCUACUUUCAUAAUCAUGCAAAGUUGUCUCCACAGUUAAACAAGGGCAUUUUUUGUAAUUUAUUUUUGUAAUCAUGUCAAGGUCAUAACCUUUCACCUUUCUAAAGAGCAGAGAAUCUUUAAGAUGGUAAGGUUACAACAUUACUUUAUUUAUUUAUUUUAUUUUGAAAAAUUGUUUUGCUAACUUGGCAUUCUGGACAUGUGGACCAUUUUGUUUUCCUACGCU